UUCUUCCCUAAUUCAAUCUCUUCAAUUCAAUUUUAUCGGUUUUUCCUUUUUCCGCAAACUCAAAACCCUAACAAUGGCAUCAGGCGGAACCGAGGCCUUUCCAGAUUUGGGUAAACACUGCCAACACAGCGAUUGCCACCAACUCGAUUUUCUUCCUUUCACAUGCCAAGGUUGCCAAAAGGUGUUUUGUUUGGAGCACAGAUCCUUCAAGUCUCACGCGUGCAAGAAUUCCGACCACAACAGCAGAAAAGUGGUUGUCUGCGAAACGUGUUCCAUGUCCAUUGAGACCACCGGCUAUGUGGGACAGGAAGAGGAGGCAAUCUUGGAGAAGCACCUAAAGUCUGGGAACUGUGAUCCCACCAAGAAGAAGAAACCCGUUUGCCCUGUCAAGCGCUGCAAGGAGGUUUUGACUUUCUCCAACACCAGUACCUGUAAAACUUGCCACAUUAAGGUGUGCCUCAAGCACCGUUUCCCUGCUGAUCAUGCUUGCAGCCAAGGAGUUUCAGCUUCUUCCUCAUCCUCUGUUGCUGAAAGUGGAUGGAAGAAUCGGUUUUUGGCUGCUUUAGGUUUAAGGGCUGGACAGAACUGUGCCAAAACUGGUUCAUCUCGUUCUACCUCUCCUCCUAGCACUCCUUCUGUCAAGGCCUAUUGAAUGCUAUUUGCUUUGAAUGAUUUCAGAGUGGUUUGAUGGAAUGUUGUAGUAUGUUCCAUUCUGUUGCAAUUUGAAUGUUCAAAUUUACAGCAUAAACUACGAUAUUUAUUUAGAUGUCGUGUGGUAGCACACACUAUUGUUCCCAUUUGAACUAGGGUCAUAAAUACCUUUUCAAUGUACAUCCUUGCUUAUAAAAACAAAUACUGAAAGGUUCAAUUGCCA